GGAUCAGAUUGGAGCUUUUCCCAGACAUGUUAGUCCACAAACUGAAAAUGAUUGUAGAUCCAGCUGACAGCAGCUACAUGCCUUCAUUGGUGGUGGUAUCAGGUGGAACCUCACUCAACAAUUUGAUCGAGUUGAAGACCAUCAACAUCAAUCCCACUGACACUGUCGUCUCUCUACUCAAUGACUGCACAGAGUAUCACAGGUACAUUGAGGUUGCUAUAAAGCAGUGUCGAAGUUCAGGUAUUGACUGUAAGAUUCAUGGCUUGAGUGCUGUGGGACGUGUCCGUGCCGAGGAUGAAGAUCUUGCAACUGUACCUUUCCUGGCAUCUGACAACGAGGAAGAGGAAGAUGAGAAGACCGCGACUGGAAGUAUGUCUCGAAAGAGAUUGUCAGGCCUCGAGUCUGCAGCCACUAUCAGAACCAAAGUCUUUGUCUGGGGUCUUAAUGAUAAGGACCAACUUGGAGGACUUAAGGGGUCCAAGAUCAAAGUCCCUUCAUUCUCAGAGACUCUGUCUGCUCUGAAUGUAGUGCAGGUGGCUGGUGGCUCUAAAAGUCUUUUUGCUGUGACUGCUGAAGGUAAAGUAUAUGCCUGUGGAGAGGCCACCAAUGGAAGACUUGGUUUAGGCCUCUCCAGUGGAACCAUCCCAAUUCCCAGACAGAUAUCAGCUCUCAGCAACUAUGUGGUCAAGAAGGUUGCUGUGCAUUCAGGUGGACGGCAUGCCAUGGCACUUACCGUGGAUGGGAAAGUAUUCUCUUGGGGUGAAGGAGACGAUGGCAAGCUUGGACACUUCAGCCGAAUGAACUGUGAUAAGCCAAGGCUGAUCGAGGCAUUGAAAACCAAACGCAUUCGAGAUAUUGCGUGUGGCAGCUCUCACAGUGCCGCCAUCACCUCCAGUGGAGAGCUGUACAGCUGGGGUCUGGGGGAAUAUGGCCGUCUGGGCCAUGGGGACAACACCACCCAACUCAGACCCAAACUGGUCAAGGUGCUUUUAGGCCAUCGCGUUGUCCAGGUAGCUUGUGGAAGUAGAGAUGCCCAAACUCUUGCACUGACAGAUGAAGGAAUGGUGUUCUCAUGGGGAGAUGGAGACUUUGGGAAACUGGGCCGUGGUGGCAGCGAGGGAUGUAACAUUCCUCAAAACAUUGAGCGUCUGAAUGGACAGGGGGUCUGUCAAAUUGAAUGUGGAGCUCAAUUCUCCCUCGCCCUCACCAAAUCUGGAGUUGUCUGGACCUGGGGUAAAGGGGAUUACUUCAGACUGGGUCACGGCACAGAUGUUCAUGUCCGCAAACCCCAGAUGGUUGAAGGACUUAGGGGGAAGAAGAUUGUUCAUGUGGCCGUUGGUGCUCUGCACUGCCUGGCUGUCACCGAGACUGGACAGGUGUUCGCGUGGGGGGAUAAUGACCAUGGGCAGCAGGGGAAUGGCACAACCACAGUCAACAGGAAGCCCACAUUGGUGCAGGGUCUAGAGGGUCAGAAAAUUACUCGUGUGGCCUGCGGUUCUUCUCAUAGUGUUGCCUGGACCACAGUAGAUGUCACUACACCCUCCGUCCAUGAGCCUGUGCUCUUCCAGACUGCUAGAGACUCUCUGGGAGCCUCUUACCUUGGUGUGCCAUCAGAUAGUGACCCGUCUUUACUGAGCAAUAAGCUAAAUGGCGUAAACAAUGUGAAGCCCAACAGGCCAUCUCUGGCAAAGAUCCUUCUCUCUCUGGAUGGUAAUCUGGCCAAACAGCAGGCCCUAUCCCAUGUGCUGUCUUCCCUGCAGAUCAUGUAUGCCAGAGAUGCAGUGGUGGGUGCAUUAAUGCCAUCCUGUAUGAUGCCUCUGGAGUGUCCCUCCAGCUCUCCGGUGCCCCCAUCAGACUGUUCAUCAGCUUCCAGCCCCUGUGAGGCUGAGGGUCCUGCCCUGCCCUCAGAGAGUGAGGAGAGGGUCAGUCCGCACCCCUGGAUGGACAGCAAACGAGGAGAGGUAACCACGUCUGAGGAUGCCACUACCCCAUCUUCAGCAGUGACCCCUUCUACUGCCUCUGCCUCAUCUCGACCCUUCAUACCAGUCACAGAUGAUCCUGGUGCUGCCAGCAUCAUUGCUGAGACCAUGACCAAAACCAAAGAGGACUCUGAGAACCAGAGUAAAGCCGUGGGUCCAGAGCCACAGUAUCUGGAUGAGUUCACCAGUCUCCUGAUCCCUGAUGACACGCGUGUGAUGGUGGACCUGUUAAAACUAGCUGUAUCUCUGCGCUCUGGUGAUAAAGGAAAGGAAGUGCUGUCUGCUGUUCUGUCUGGCAUGGGUACAGCCUGCCCACAGGUGGCGGAUAUGCUUCUGGAGCUGUGUGUGACUGAGUUGGAGGACGUGGCGACUGACUGUCAGAGUGGACGGCUUUCCUCUCAACCUGUGGUGGUGGAAAGCAGCCAUCCAUAUAUUGACGAUACAUCCACCAGCGGAACUGUCAAAAUACCAGGUGCUGAGGGUUUGCGGGUUGAGUUUGAUCGCCAGUGCUCAACAGAAAGGAGACAUGACCCUCUUACCAUCAUGGAUGGAGCCAAUAGAAUUGUGUCUGUUCGAUCAGGUCGUGAGUGGUCUGAUUGGUCCAGUGAAUUGAGAAUUCCAGGAGACGAGCUCAAAUGGAAGUUCACCAGUGACGGCUCUGUGAACGGCUGGGGCUGGCGCUUCACAGUCUAUCCCAUCAUGCCUGCGGCUGGUCCUAAAGAUCUUCUGUCAGACCGCUGCAUUUUGUCUUGCCCUUCAAUGGAUCUAGUAACAUGUCUGCUAGACUUUCGUCUGAACUUUGCCUCAAACCGCAGCAUUGUGCCCAGAUUAGCAGCCUCACUUGCUGCUUGUGCGCAGCUCAGCGCCUUGGCGGCUGGCCAUCGUAUGUGGGCUCUGCAGAGGUUACGCAAGCUCUUAACUACUGAAUACGGCCAAUCCAUUAACAUCAACCGCCUCUUAGGAGACACCGAAGGAGAGGCUCGCUCUAUGAGUUUUACAGGAAGUGCAUUAGCUGCUCUGGUGAAAGGACUUCCUGAGGCAUUACAGAGACAGUAUGAGUACGAGGAGCCCAUAGUUAGGGGUGGCAAACAGUUACUCCACAGCCCGUUCUUCAAGGUGUUGGUGGCGCUGGCGUGUGAUCUGGAGUUGGACACUCUUCCAUGUUGUGCUGAGACACACAAGUGGGCGUGGUUUCGACGCUAUUGCACCGCCUCCAGAGUGUCAGUGGCUCUGGACAAGAGGAGCCCUUUGCCCCGCCCUUUUCUGGAUGAGGUAGUGGCAAAGAAAAUCCGUGAGCUGAUGGCAGAUCAUGAGAACAUGAACACGCUUCAUGAGAGCCAUGACUUGUUUAAGAGGGAGCAGGAUGAGCAGUUGGUUCAGUGGAUGAACAGACGACCAGAUGAUUGGACACUCUCUGCGGGUGGCAGUGGUACAAUAUACGGCUGGGGGCACAAUCACCGGGGUCAGUUAGGUGGCAUUGAAGGAGCCAAAGUAAAGGUUCCCACACCAACAGAAGCUCUAGCCACACUGCGGCCAGUUCAGCUUAUUGGAGGAGAGCAAACACUGUUUGCCGUCACUGCUGAUGGGAAGCUGUAUGCCACAGGAUAUGGUGCCGGUGGUCGACUGGGAAUAGGAGGGACAGAGUCCGUCUCCACUCCGACCCUGCUGGAGUCCAUCCAGCAUGUUUUCAUCAGAAAGGUGGCUGUGAACUCUGGAGGGAAACACUGUUUGGCUCUUUCCUCUGAAGGAGAGCUGUACUCCUGGGGGGAGGCCGAAGAUGGAAAACUGGGCCAUGGAAACAGAAGCCCAUGUGAUCGUCCACGCGUGAUUGAGUCUCUCAGAGGGGUGGAAGUGGUGGACAUUGCUGCCGGUGGGGCUCACAGUGCCUGCAUUACUGCCAGUGGAGAGCUCUACACAUGGGGCAAAGGUCGCUAUGGGCGCCUGGGUCAUGGAGACAGCGAAGACCAACUUAAACCAAAACUGGUGGAGGCUCUUCAGGGUCACCGGGUGAUAGAUGUGGCAUGUGGCAGUGGAGAUGCACAGACCCUCUGUCUGACUGAUGAUGACAUGGUAUGGUCGUGGGGCGAUGGAGACUAUGGCAAAUUGGGCCGAGGAGGUAGUGAUGGAUGUAAAGUGCCGAUGAAGAUCGAUUCAUUAACCGGAUUGGGUGUUGUGAAAGUGGAAUGUGGCUCUCAGUUUUCUGUGGCCCUUACCAAGUCUGGAGCAGUUUACACAUGGGGGAAGGGUGACUAUCACAGACUGGGACACGGCUCAGAUGAUCAUGUUCGCAGACCCCGGCAGGUCCAGGGUUUACAAGGCAAAAAGGUCAUCGCAAUAGCAACUGGUUCCCUUCACUGCGUUUGCUGCACGGAGGACGGGGAAGUGUACACAUGGGGUGACAAUGAUGAGGGUCAGCUUGGGGACGGUACGACCAAUGCUAUUCAGAGACCCAGGCUGGUGGCAGCGCUGCAGGGCAAGAAGAUUAAUCGUGUGGCCUGUGGUUCAGCACAUACACUUGCCUGGUCCACUAGUAAACCAACCAAUGCUGGAAAACUCCCUGCUCAGGUUCCAAUGGAGUACAACCACCUGCAAGAAAUCGCCAUCAUCGGCCUGAGGAAUCGGUUACUGCUACUGCACCACAUCUCUGAGCUCUUCUGCCCCUGCAUCCCAAUGUUUGACUUAGAAGGACGCCUGGGUGAAACUGGACAUGGUGUGUCUGUUGGCUUUGACACGCUCCGUGGAAUCCUCAUAUCACAGGGCAAGGAGGCAGCAUUCCGCAAAGUGGUGCAGGCUACCAUGGUCAGAGACAGGCAGCAUGGGCCAGUGGUUGAGCUGAACAGGAUACAGGUCAAGCGUUCACGUAGUAAAGGAGGUCUGGCAGGGCCGGAUGGCACCAAGUCAGUAUUUGGGCAGAUGUGUGCUAAGAUGAGUUCUUUCAGUCCAGACAGUCUGCUGCUGCCACACCGCGUCUGGAAGGUCAAGUUUGUGGGUGAGUCGGUGGAUGACUGUGGUGGCGGAUACAGUGAAUCUAUCGCAGAAAUGUGCGAGGAGCUUCAGAAUGGCCUCACUCCUCUGCUCAUCGUCACUCCUAAUGGCAGAGACGAGUCAGGAGCGAACAGAGAUUGCUUUCUGCUCAACCCAGCUGCCAAAUCCCCUCUGCACAUCAGCAUGUUCCGCUUCCUAGGGGUGCUCCUGGGCAUAGCGAUCCGAACAGGAAGUCCUCUUAGUCUGUAUCUGGCCGAACCUGUGUGGAAACAGCUGGCAGGCAUGAACCUGACCAUUGCUGAUCUCAGUGAGGUGGACAAGGACUUCAUCCCCGGUCUGAUGUAUAUUAGAGAUAACGAGGCGUCUGCGGAGGAGUUUGAGGCGAUGCCUCUUCCCUUCACUGUGCCCAGUGCCUGCGGACAAGAAGUCCAGCUCAGCUCCAAACAUUCCCACAUCAGCCUUGAAAACCGCAGUGAAUAUGUGCGGCUAGCAAUAAAUUACAGGCUGCAUGAGUUUGAUGAGCAGGUGUCUGCUGUAAGAGAAGGUAUGGCGCGUGUGGUUCCGGUACCGCUCCUCUCUCUAUUUACCGGCUAUGAGCUGGAGACCAUGGUGUGCGGAAGUCCGGACAUCCCUCUGCAUCUGCUCAAAUCAGUGGCCACAUAUAAAGGAGUAGAGCCCACUGCACCGCUCAUCCAGUGGUUCUGGGAGGUGAUGGAGUCUUUCUCUAACACAGAACGCUCGCUCUUCCUCAGGUUCGUCUGGGGCCGCACGCGUCUUCCCAGGACCAUCGCAGACUUCCGUGGACGAGACUUUGUAGUGCAGGUGCUGGAUAAAUAUAACCCUCCCGACCACUUCCUCCCCGAGUCCUACACCUGCUUCUUCCUGCUCAAGCUGCCUCGCUACUCCUGCAAGCUAGUCUUGGAGGAGAAACUCAAAUACGCCAUUCACUUCUGCAAGUCCAUCGACACUGAUGACUACGCACGGAUCGCUCUGAGCGGAGAACCGGCCGCAGACGACAGCAGUGAUGACUCGGACAAUGAAGACGCAGACUCAUUCGCUUCUGACUCCACACAGGAUUACCUGACAGGCCACUGAGCUCAUAAGUUCACACACACAGGCAAACACUCACACACAGGCAUAUGCUGUGGUAAGUUGUAGGAAACCUAAAAAUAAGCUGACAAGCAGAAAAAGAAGUAAACUGAACCGAAGAUGUCUGUUUUAACCUCACUUAUUAAUAUGUGCAUAGACACAAAUACAACUAAAUGAAGAGAAUUAAGUGUAUAUCAUUAUGUGCAAUUAGCUUUAAAACACCAUUAAAGCAAAAUAGAUUUUUUUUUCCUUUUUUAAAACUUUAUUGUGAAGAAAACCAGAACAACGGGAGAAAAAUACACACCUUUUUGUGUUAAACAUUGUGUUCAUGUUUUCUUCCAGAGGACUGACCGCUUAGCCUAGCACUGUGGUAGACGAUUCCUGACAGGCGUCUCAGUGAAGAGCUUCACAUCCGUUUUGUGUUCAAUAGAGGUAGUAUUAUCAUUUCACCAUUGCCUCUUUAUUUGAAAACAGCAGUGUUUCUUUGAAAAAAAUCUUUUAAACUUGGAGAAUUAUCUUUUUUUUUUGUCUUUCAGUCAGUGAAGCCUGAUCAGGGGUUGCUUUUUAGGUUGUCGGUCAACAUUUCCUCUCCUUUUUCUCCCAAUGUGUCUGCACUGUUUUCCUUAUGGAAUGUAUAUAAUUUGAUUGUGCCAUGUGUUUAUGAGAGGUCUCAUUCCCAUGUUAUAAAUAAAUGUUCAUUUCUGUUAAUAAAUUUAAACCAAAUUGUUCUUGUAA